CCGGAAGUUGUGUUCAGUCGCUCCGGAUUCUUCUGAGCCCGGCGUGAUGAAGGCCAUCAUCCAACGCGUCACUCGAGCCAGUGUGUCAGUUGGUGGGGAACAAAUAAGUUCCAUUGGACAAGGCAUUUGUGUGCUGCUGGGUAUCUCUGUGGAAGACACGCAGAAAGAGCUUGAGCACAUGGUUCGAAAGAUUUUAAAUCUUCGUGUGUUUGAAGAUGAAAGUGGGAAACACUGGUCUAAAAGUGUAAUGGAUAAGCAGUAUGAAGUGCUGUGUGUUAGCCAGUUUACUCUUCAAUGUAUCCUGAAAGGAAAUAAGCCAGAUUAUCAUAUGGCAAUGCCUUCAGACCAAGCAGAAUCUUUCUAUAACAGUUUCUUAGAACAUCUUCGCAAAACAUACAAGCCAGAAUUCAUUAAAGAUGGCAAAUUUGGCGAAUACAUGCAGGUGCAUAUCCAGAAUGAUGGACCUGUGACCAUUGAACUGGAGUCUCCUGCAGCCCCUGUUGACUCUAAACAAUUAGCAAAACUUGAGAAACAACAACAGAGGAAAGAGAAAACCAGAAUGAAGGUACCUUCUGAAUCAAGUAGAGAGCGAAAUGUUCCUAGAAGUAAAAAUGAUCCCAGUGCAAGCAGUGGGGCUGAAGGGGAUGUUUCUUCUGAAAGGGAACCAUAACUUCUCAAAGCACCUUCAGGAAAGCUCAUAAAACACUGCUGGUGACCUUCUGUGCUCAUAAGCUGAGGAUGCUAAAUUUCUAGAUGAAAAAUUAAUUGAGGCAGAAGGAGAAUUUGAAUCAGAAGUAAGGAUCUCCAUCAUGCUGUAUUACAAACAACCAAAGGAAUGUUAUCUGUGUCCACUGUUAAUAGGUUUUAAAGCAAGUUUCUAUUCAUUUGGGUCAUUUCUUAUUUGCAGUUUAUGCAGUAUUUUCUUUGCAGAAAUUAUAUAACUACCCCUUCUGUAUAGUUAGGUUUCAUACAACUGUGAAGUACCCACAUUAUUUGACCAGUGUAUAUGGUUUUUGGCAUAAAUGCUCUCAUCAUGACAACGGUUCCCCCCUCUGCUCCUCCAGUGGGCAUGAUCAAUCUAUUAACAGCUGGAGAGGAAGGCUGGAGGAGCAGAAUAGAAAUGUCUCCUGCAUCUUGGAAGCUCAGUACAACUGCAGGUGUUCCCCAUCCCCGCCCCCCGCCCCUGACAGUCUAAAUCCUCAGAGGAAUCCCCAGGCUUUUUUGUGUUGUAUUUUCCAAGCUGAGGAAGAGGGCAGAGGAUAGCCCAUCAUUUGUAUUUUGAGCUUUGUGAUGUUUAGAAUGUCUCUUAAAGCUCAACUCAAUACUUGAAAUUUAACUUGUCCCUCCCUCAGUAAAUGAUGGGUUAAAUCCUGAUAGUCAGAAUCCUUUUCCAGCUGAAAUGUGUGAAUGUCUUUCAUAGUCUAAGCAUUGCUAGUGUGGUGGGACAACUAUACCACAAUUAUUGUUUAAAAAUCAGUCCUGUGUGUGGCGCUCUACAGAUCCCCUUCUGACAUUUUUCUGUGCUUCCUUUCCACACUGCCAGACAACAUGAGAAGGCCCACACUAGGUGGGAGAGACUCUCCUGCAUCUUCUCCUCCUGCCUUCCAGAAACUGAAGGGAGGGGUAGUCACAGCAGAAGCUCCUUCUCUGUGCACGAGACUGUGUGUACUUCCUCGGCUCCACCUGAAGGAGCUGUGCUGCAUUAGCCCUCAUCUCCCCCAUUGUAACAUGGCGGCUUCCCUUACUGAUGAGGAAAGGUUUGUUAUGCAAGCCCGUAGCAGCAUAAAUGUAAUGAAUCUUAUGAUCUAUUUCAUUCAAAAUCAUUUUUUCUCUUACAUUGUCUCUUGUAAGAGCAUGCUUCUACUUUUGGUCCAUCUAAUGUAUCUUUUCAGAACAAAAUGUAAAAUGUAUAUGCAUUGAUUGUGUGUUGAGUGUGUCUGGCUGUACAAUCUGUGGAAAAAACUGAAUUCAAAUUAGAUUAAUUUGCCAGUUAUUUAUCCUGUGAACUGUGUGUGUUUAUAUGUGUCUUUUAAAUUUUUUCAAAGGGAAGAACUUUAUUAAUAAAGUACGGCAGCUGACCAA